CCAAUCUCAGACGGCGAGACAACGGGGCUUCCCUCGUCUGAUGCUUAUCUUCGCGAUGAGCUUGCUUUAAUUUUUUGAAGAAGUUUUGUCAACAUUGAUACCGGGACGGCUAGGAGAGUUCACAUCUCCUGUUCUUUCUCUUUCGGGAUACGAUGUCGGGUGAUAUGGCCACGGAAUAGUCUUGGGCGUUGCAUCUCAUAUUAAUGGGGUGGAGGACAUUGUCCUGUGAAGUCCAGUACUUUCAACUUCUUUCCUCUCCAUACCAGAACUUUGGAGAAGAUGGCCUUUCAACUCUGGCAACUCUGCUUCAUAGCACUCAGCAUCAGCUGGCUUGAACUAUGCAUCCACAGAGCGAUCUUCGCACCUCUUUCCAAACUACCAGGUCCAUGGUAUUCUCUCUUCACAGAUUUGUAUCUCAUGUACAAAGAAUUCUCGGGUCAGCGUCGAGAAUACAUCCAUGAGCUACACAAAACAUAUGGGCCUGCUGUUCGGCUGGGUCCUAAUGAGGUCUCGUUCACUUCUCUGGAGGCACUGAAGGAGAUUUACCAAAGUGGUGGGAGUGGGUAUGAUAAGACAGAGUUUUAUACUCUGUUUAAGCAGUUUGGAACGAGAACAAUGUUUUCGACACUUGAUAAGGGAAACCAUAGCCAGAAGAAACGGCAUAUUGCAAGCCAGUAUGCAAACACAAAUAUCAUGCAUCCUGAAGUUUUGGGAGGUAUUCAGGAUCGAGCAAAUGCUUUCAUUAGAAUAUGCGAGAAGUCGAAAGGGACUGGAAUGGAUGCAUAUAUUUACCUGCAUUGUUUUGCCUUGGACUGUGCUUCCCAUCAUCUCUUCCAUCCGUACGGAACAAAGUCAAUCGAGGGGGCAGAUCUCAAUAUGAUGGAGGAGCUAUCCUAUCAUGACAGUCUGAUGAGGAACCUGGCUCAAUAUCGUUGGCCAACCAUGUCAUUCUGGCUAGAGAAGGUUUUCAAACCUAGACCUGCACCACUCGCCAACGAUUACGUACUAGCCUCAAGCAGGACGUCUGACUCAGGAGAGCACAGCUUGACAUACAAGCUGCAGAACAGCAAAGAUGCUUUUCAACCAAUCCAAAUCGCUGCUGAGUGCAUGGAUCACAUGGCUGCGGGCAUCGAUACAACUGGAGACGCCUUGUGCCUCCUCAUGUACCAAUUAUCCUUAUCUGAGAGUUUCCAAGUCCAGGAUCAACUCAUUACAGAACUUUCGAUCAACAAAGACAAAGCUUUCGAUGACUUACCAUACUUGGAUGCAGUCAUCAAGGAAGGAUUGAGGUGCUUUCCUCCGAUACCUAUGUCUCAACCCCGCUAUGCUCCAACUGGAGGCCGGACAAUCGAUGGGUAUUUCAUCCCAGGCCACACAAUCGUUAGUUGUCAGGCAUGGAGUGUACAUCAACUCAACGAAGAUGUCUUUAUAAAAGGAGAUCAGUUCCUGCCAGAAAGGUGGCUCGAUCCAAAAGCAGCUCUGGAAAUGAACAGGCUCUUCUUCUCUUUCGGCGCAGGCGGAAGAGGUUGCACAGGUAGACAUCUUGCAAUAGCAGAGAUGAAAUGCUUGCUUCGUGAGGUGUAUAUUCGCUACAAAACCAGAGUUGCGCCAGAAAUGAGGGGAAGAAUGAAUUUGUCUGAUCAAGUCAUCUCGAGUAGGCCGUUAGAUCAGACUUGCAAGCUAAUAUUCGAGCCUCUGAAUUGAUGUCACACAGAUAGUAAGAGUGGGACUUGGCAAUAAUUGGAAACUUCAACAAAAAUCUAGGAUAAUACAAAAGUCCAUCCAAAUGAAGAACAAUGAAACUUUUCCC